ACAGUAAAAUAGGACAACUUGACGCAUGUGUGGGAGCGCAGAGAAGGACGGAAUAAACGCAGUUACGUAGCUCGGUCGAUUAACGGUGUGUUUGAUCGAUCUGGCAUUUGGAAAAAAAGGAUCUAGAUGGAGAGAGGAAGAAAUUCAAACUAAUAUCUUUGCUGUCGGGGUGUUUAUCCGCCCUGCAACCUCCACAAGAAAACGCCGCCUUUGCGGAAUAGUCACAUUGAAGACGACACGUGUGGAUGCCUAACCUCAUGUACCCUUGGAUGACUGCGGUCUAAUUACUUAAUAGCAUCCAUAUUGUCUGAUUAUUUUGUUUUGUUGGAAUAGCCUAUACAGCUACUAUAUAGAGCUACAUUGUUCUUUUUCUCCAUCCGGACCUGCUGUAGUGAUGUCAGAGGUGGAUGUCUCUGCAGACUGUGACCUCAGCCGACCACCGGGGCGGACAGAGGACACGUUGAAAGAGAACCAGGAGAACAGGACUUUAAUGAUGGUGGCAAUGAUUUUAUUGGACUUGAAUAAAUGUAACCCAAACGCUAUCGGCCCUGGAGACAGCAUGCGUCUCGGGGGCAGCGACGCGGGUGCGCUGGAGAAGGUGGAGCGGGGAAGUGUCCGGUCCAACGCCGGGGACAGCCGGGGGUCGGUUGCGACCAAACAGUCCCGGAGCAAGAAGGCGGUGGCGAGCCAGGAGUUCCCAGAGAAGAGACACUGCUGUCCUUUUACCGGCUGUGGGAAGAUGUACGGCAAGUCGUCCCACCUCAAAGCCCACCUGAGGGUCCACACCGGUGAGCGCCCCUUCGAGUGUACCUGGCCAGACUGUGGAAAGAAGUUCUCCAGAUCAGAUGAGCUGACGCGUCACUACCGCACACACACCGGUGAGAAGCGCUUCAAUUGUCCAAUGUGUGACAAGUGCUUCAUCAGGAGCGACCACCUGACUAAACAUGCCCGGCGACACGCAGGCUUCCAUCCCAGCAUGCUUCAGGGCUCCAGUGCAGCCAAGAGAUACCGCUGCUCUGUGUCCCUUUCCUCAUGUGACUCUGGAGACCAAAGCCCUGUUGGGGUGUGAGACACACACACCACUAUACUUACAGGUUAUACAUAAACAUAGACACACCCAUGAUACAUGUGGUGUUUGCACCUUUAUUAACUCAACCAGCCAGACUACUAUUUUAAAAGUGUUUCUAUGCAUGUAACAAUGUGCAACAGCAAAAAGAAAUGUACAUUUGAACCAGACUGUAAUCAACCUAGAACCUGGAAGUAGACCUUUUAUUACCGGACGUAACUGGUAUUUAUUAGGGGUUUUCAUUGUCUAACACAGGUUCUAGUUGCUUUGCAAUUUGGGAUUAUUUAACUUUGUGUUGUGUGCGUUUUUUUCCCCUUGAAGAAUCUGACCUCCAAGAGGCAUUUGUGGACAUAAGUAUAUUGUUUUCAUUAACACUACAUGAGUUCACUUUCCCUUGCAGACUUUAUUUGCAGGUGAAGACAACAAGAAAACAAAUCAUUACUUAUAUAUUCCUAGUUUUGGGAAUUGUCUUUUAGUAAAUAGUAUUUCACACGUGCUACAAACCGUUACUUGCCACUCCAAAACAAAGCAAAUGUACAGUAUAGCAGUGUACAAAGAUUAAACAGAUUAACUUUCAGAUGGAUGAUAUUCUCUGUAUACUGUAGUUAUUAUAGUUAUAAGACAAAGCUAUAUUCUAGAGAAUUAUAGAGCUUGGGUAUUUCAUUUUGCAUAUGUGGCUAUGGACUUAGAAAAUGAGGUAUACUGUGAACUUCUAGGUAUAGUUUGUUCAGUUGUUUCCUGUGUUGAAACGGUGUCACAUCAUGAUUAAGUUGCAAAUAAUUGACCAGAAGCCAUAAGCAAACCGCAGUUUAAUACAUUUACCCCCCCAUCAUUGCUUUUUCAGACUUGAAAUAUGUAAAUGAUGCAGGGAUAAACAAAACAGGGUAAAGCAUUUAAAAGAUAAGCUUUUACUUGCAUUGGAAAUACUUUUCGAUGUUAAGACCGUAAUGACUCAUGUUAAGUUAAAGUUUGUAAACUGUUAACAAGGAGGUCUGUGCCUUUUUUUUGAAGGAUUUUGCAGCAGAGAGGAAUAUCUACAUGUUGAACUUUUGGAAAUACUACCUGAAUGAACAUCGACAGAUUCUUUAUGUUGAUAUUCAAUAAUACUUAGAAAAUCAACGACUGUCUUUUAUGCCAACAGUGCCAGUUGCUAUACAUUGAAACGUACUUUUGUUUACUCUGUAUCUGGACAGCAUUUUAUCAGGUAAUAAUGUGACGCAUGGUCAUUUCAGUCACUAUUACACCCCCUAGUGGUAAUAUGGAAGCACAACAUUUCUCACAACAAAUAGUCAACCAAACUUUUAAUUUAUGCCCUUUUUUAGAUGAGAAGUAAUUGUAUUUGUAUUAUGUGUAUUAUUGUUUAUUUGUCUGUUCAUCUUUUAGAAUAUUACUAAUGGUAUGAGGUCUUAUUCAUCCAUAGGAGCUAGACACAUUGUUGAUGAUUUUCUUUAUAAUACUUACCACAUGAUGCAUUCAAAUGUCCAGCUAGAGUAAGCCCGUAGGACAAAAACUACAUACAUUUAUAACGUUACAUUUAUUUUCUGGCAGUAUGACAACUGUGAUUAGAUGUUGGUGCCUUUCAGGUUUAACCCUCACUCCUGAUGCUAAUGCUCUGUAAUCAGGGAUUAUCAAUGCAGACCACACAUUAUUGCAAUAGACAUAGCUGUGUUAUGAUUAAUGCUCAAAAGUUGUAACAUUAAAAUAUUUUUCUCUUUCUAAACAUUUCCUCAUUAAUUCUGUCUCUCAUCACACACUGAACUUCCCACCGUUGGUUAAUGAAUAAGUGCUCUUCUUUAAUGCUGAUGAUGUAUUGCAAAAAAAGAUGUAUGAACCUAUAAAGUUAGAACCUUUAG